AGAUAACGAUAUCCGUGCAAUACAAUCUGGAAAACGACAGGGUGCAGUUGACCUUCGCAUGGAAACUAUAAAUAUCUCUAUCACUCCUGUCCAAUGUGGAACCAGUCUUGUGACAUUUGAAGCAUCUCCUUGUUAGGAAAGCAGCUGCAGCAGAAGCCAACCUGAGCUGAGUUUUGAAGAACGUUGAAGCAACUGCCAGAAUUACUGGAAACGGUACAUCUAUGUAAACACGAUGCAGACAUCGUCGUUUUGACAAUCUUCUGGGCUUCGAGGAUCUGUGUUAUACAUUUUCCUCCAGUGAAAUUGUGUGAGAUUUGAGAUUUCCUGCAGAGGUCUUCUCCGAGAGCCUUUCGGGUUCAAUGGGCUGUUGUCCAUGAAUUGUUGCUUGAUUGAGGUGUAAACGUCAAGUUUCGGCCUUCCGACAUCACGUGCUUCUUUUGAUUAUGGUUUUUCUGCAAGCUCUUCACGAUGACGUCUUUUGCUGACUGUAUGUCUUUUGCUUCCUCAGAACAACCCGUCCACGCUAGAAGAAAUCGUGCACUUGCGGCAGAAUCAGAAUUAGAAAGUUGCUGCCUGUUACAAAUUCGAAGUAUGUCUGAGGAGGCAAUCACUCAAGAAGCAGUUUUGGCACCUACCGAGGAGCUGUCUCAGUCUGAAAGUAUGCCGAGACCUGAAGUUCCCUCGACAUGGAAAUGCGGAGUCCAUGUGCCAGUGAACGUGCCGGUCGAGGAGAUUUGGAGUAUAAUGGGGAAUUUCUGUUCACCUGAAGCCUACAUGACUCAGUGUUUGGAGGUGAAGGUCGUCGAAGGUGAACGGAACGCCCUUAAUUGUGUCAGGUACGUGAAGGGUGGGAGUCUCGACGGUAGCGAAGGAGUCUGUUGGGCCCACGAGCGACUGCUCUCACACGAUGAUAUGAAUCACAUCCAGACUUACAAAAUUGAGCAAAGUAGUUUGGGUUUCACAAACUAUUAUGGAUACAUGAAGAUCAGUCAAGGCAACGACAAUACUAGUGUUGUAAACUGGAGCUUUGAGAUGGAUCCUUUGCCAGGGAUGCCACCACCACCAAAUAAUGUAACUGAAAUGAUGGCUCAAACUUUUAAGUUAUUCAUCAAGACUGCCGAAUCUAGACAUAUUCACAGGAAAGGUACAGAACCUGAAUUAUCUGCAGUAGCUAGUGCUGAUCCUUAG